GUAAAACCCUACUGAACCCAAAGCUCUCACUGCGGCGAUGCCGAUCGAAGAGAAGAAGAAGAAGAAGAAGAAGAAGAGAGGGAGAAAGGACAAAUGGGGCCAACCACUGCCGGAGGUGGUCGCCGGAGAAGAAGAAGACCAAGAAGUGGAGCUAGAUGAUGGUGGUGAUGGCGUUGAUGAACCCCAGGAUUCAUCCUACGAGCCCAACAAGGUGGUGAUCAGUGGCAUGCCUUACUCCGCAACAGAAGACCAGAUCCGAAGCCUCUUCAAGGACAUUGGCCCUGUCCAACAGCUCCAGCUCUCCAAGUUUCCCGAUUCUGGUGGCUUUCGUGGUCUCGCCUUUGUGUCCUUCCAGACACAGGAAAUUGCCAUCAGUUCGCUUAAGCUUGAUGGUUCAAAAAUGGGAAAUAGGUUUAUAAAGGUUGAAAGAUGUAGACUAGAUCCCCGAAGAAAAAGGAAGAGUGAAUUUCUAAGCGAACCAAAGAAGGUUGAUGGAUGUUUCUCAGCAUAUAUUGGCAACCUCUCGUACAAUGUGACUGAAGACGAUAUAAGAGAAUGCUUCGUGGCAUCAAAUAUUGAUUCAGUAAGAUUUGCCAUUAACAAAACAACAGGAACUUUCCGAGGCUUCUGCCAUGUUGAUUUUGCAGAUGAUGAGUCAUUAGAGAAAGCAAUGAAGAAAAAUCAAGUAGAACUACAUGGGAGGCCAAUGAAAAUAGCAUAUGCAGUAUCAAAUCGGCAUUGACUUUUCGAAUCUCAUCUUUAAAAGAAUUUCCAUAGUUGAUGUAUUGAUGUUUUUUAAUUUUUAUUCUCACUAAUCAAGAGUCUUGAUCUGUGUUUUUAAGACAAAUGCAAUGCAAGCUUGUCAAAAUUUGGCAAGAAAUGGACAUUAA